AAUUUCCACAGCUGUCUCUUGAAGGUCAUCACUGCCAGAAAUGGAACAUGAAGCUGACGAUCUGCUUUGGAGACACAAAGGUCGUGGUUCCUUGUGGUUCAGGGAACUUAACGCUCGGACCACAGGAUCGCAUUGUCGUCCACAGCAUCAAUGUUGCUAGAGAUGGUGGUAUGCUUGAUUGGGAUGAUUUGGUCUGCGAUGUGGUAGACGAUCGUGAAAUGGUUACUGCUCACUUUUCGGUCGCCACCUUAUCAAACAAUAUCAAGGAUUCUUGUCCAAAUCGACCCUCAACUGCCCUUGAUUCUAUAUUUCAGUCACUUUCCACACCCUUAGUUGUCGAUUUAUGUUCUGAUAGUGCUAUCGAGCCUUCAUUUCAUAGUCCCAUCCAGUCUAGCGGGGCUAGUGAAUUCAGAGAUAGUGGAUUGAAUCUCGCACCUCCUUGUGGCAUUGGAUUAAGACAAACUGACAUCAAUGGUCAUAUCGCAGACAGGCUUCUGCGUAUCGGAGAUGGAAGUACAAGCAGUAGUAACUUAAGUUUAAACCUAAGUAAUGAUAGCUGUGGAUUGCAUCAACCAAAUGGAGCGCAUACAUCUCAGUUCCUCGGUGAUAUCCACGAAUGGCUUCUGAAUGAGUCUUCCCAUGAUUCUAAUGCAGCGCUGCAUCCCAACAUUAAAGUGAAUUGUGUUUCAGAAGUAUCCUCUUCUGGCAAUAAAGAGAAAUGUUUUACAACCUCUUCGGCUUCUCAGUCACCACCUACUUGCUUCAAUACAGUAUCAAGUACUUGUGAACGACUGAAAAGUUCUCCGGUUUCGUGCAAUAAAUCCUGUUCGAAUAGUAUCACCAUAAAUGAUACAGCAAUUUCAAAGCAUUGUCAAAGAACACUUUCACCGAACGUCUUUGAAAUGCUCUCAAAUGUCUUAUCUCGCCGUCGUGAUCUUAUUGAGUCUGGUUGGGAUUCUGAUGAUGAAGAUGAAGAUGCAUUUGAUCCUGAUGGAGGCUAUUCAUACGAUUGCCAAGUAGGUGAACAGCAGAAUGAACUUGUGUCAUUACCCAAUGGUGAUACUAUCCUUCACUCAGAUACCAUAAACAAUAAUUCAGAUAUAAUACCUAAUUCUUUACCUGGAGGAAACCACUGUUGUUUAGAUGUCACAGGAAGUAAUAGUCACCAUGAAAAUACUAACGAUAACUUUUCGACUGUAAGAUACCCCUCGGUGACUCUUACACCAAGCGGAACUUGUGAUAGACCAAGUAAUCACCCUGUUUUAUCAAAUGCAGAUAUUUGGCCUCUCCCACCUCCACCUUUUUCUGCUUCCGAUUUUCCACAUGUUAAUAUUCCUACUAAUCUCCCAUGUAGAGUACAUUCUCCAGAAGACGAAUAUCAUAUAGGUAUAAAUACUGAACGACUGAUACGUGCAGUUCAAAGUCAUAAUUCAUUUCCAAGUUCGAAUGGUUCCGACCGAUUUUGCACAACUUCAGACAUAGUAUCUAAUUCAUUAGUCAGUCAGUCAGAACUCCGAAAUCCCCUCAGUUAUUCUCAGCCUAAUUUGGUCACACAGUAUGACGAUUCUAUUCGACAACAAAAUAUGCAACAUUUAUCGAAUACUCAUAUAGCAGAAAAUAAUAUGGUUAGUAAUUCAUUACAUCAGUCGAGACCGGACCAUGUACAGUCUCAAUACUCACACACAUGUAAUAUCAACUCAGCAAAAUCCCUUGUUAUAACAAGUCGUCCUGUUGGCGGUCUCUCCUAUUCUCGAACAACAACACGUUUAGGAACAGUAUUUCAAAGCAAUUUAACUGUUCCAACUAUAGUUGAAGAAGAAGAAGAAUAUUCGGUAGAUUCUGAAAGACAACUUCCGAAUUUGCUGGAAUAUGAAACAGAACACCAAUUUAUCGACAUGUUAAAGUCUAGAACUAAUCCUGUGCUUAAUAAUAAUAUUGAUAUUAAUGAAGCAAAUGAAGAAGAUUAUCCACUUCUACGUAAAGAUUAUGUUCUGGAAAAAGAUCAAACAUCUGUCCAAAAAUGCGGUGUACUACAUGUGAACACAAUUAAUAAUGAUAAAUGUAAUCCUAGUUCAAAUGAAUUACACUUGUCUAAUCUUCAAUUUCAUUCAAAUGAUAAUCCAUUAAUAACAAAUACCCAUUCUAUUCGUGGUCUACCUAAACCGGAUGUAAUUCGUUGGCUUGAAAAUACUCGUGAUGCUGCUAUGAGUAAUAAUUGUCAAGUUAUAAGUAAAUCUGGUUUAUCACAUCUUUCAUCAUCUGCAUCAUUAAAUCAAUCAGAUUUCAAUGAUCAUCAACCAAUUAAUGAAGUACCUGAAAAAAUAUCUUUGAAUAUCAUUGAAUCACCUUCAGUGAAUAAAUCUCAGGAAUCAAUAAAUAGUAAAGACUCAGUAGUGACAAUUCGUCUGAUAAAUACUAAACGUGGUGAAAAUUUAGGUAUACAAAUUAAACCUGUCUUUUCGGAUGUCUUUAACAAUGAUAAUUGUUCAGAUAAUAAUGGCGGAUCAAGAAUUGAAUGUGGUCUUGAAGUUCAUUGUAUUUUACCGAAUGGGCGUGUAGCACGUGAGCAAUGUUUAUCUGUUGGAGAUCGGAUUUUAAGUAUUAAUGGAAUUUCAUUAAGCGGUAUACCAUUUGAAAAGGGUCGUGAUAUAUUUCAAGAGGCAUUAAAUGAACCAGAAAUAAUACUUCGUGUACUUCCUCAUUCAGCCUACCAAUACAGUUCUUCACUAUCUAUACAAAACAUUGAUAAAAUAAACAGGACAACUACAGAGAAAUCAGAGAAACCUUCAUGUGGUCUAAUUGUUAUCGUAUCCGAUCCAUUGUCUAAAGCCAAAGAAGUUGAAAUAAAAUCUAAUUCAAAUCAGUUAAAACCUAUACCACCACCACCACCUCGUCGUUCUCCCAACACUGUAUUAACUCGUAUUCCAGAAGGAAUUAUUAAACCAUUAAUUGACGAAUUUUUAAAAGAGAAAAAACAACAAGAAAAUAAUAAUAAUCAAUUACCAUCAUCACAAGAAUUAACAAAAUCUGUUGUCAACUCAGAAACAAAUAUUGUUAAUAAUAGUGAUGAUUUGCACACAUUUACUUAUCAUACAAUUCAUUUAUGCAAAGGUUCUAAUGGAUUGGGAUUUAGUUUAACUAGUCGUGAUUCAUUGACAUCAUCGGGUCAAAAAGUUAUCUGUGUGAAAAAUAUACUACCAGGUGGAGCAGCUCUAAUCGAUGGCCAAUUAAAACCUGGUGAUCUUCUAAUGAAGGUUGAUAAUAUUGAUGUGAAUGAAAUUGGUCAAGCACAAACUGUUGCAUUAUUACGAAGUAAACCUGUAAAUACUUUUGUUACUUUAGUUGUCAAACGAUCAAGAAAUAAUUCCCAUAAUGCAGAUAUCAAUAAUAAUAGUAAUAAUAAUAAUAAUGACCAUAAUCUUGAUCAAGCAUGUCUACCUGAUUUGAAAACUAUUCAACCAUCUGUUAUCUGUACAAUAGCAUCAAGUUGUUGUAUAAAUACUGUAAAUGAACAACCAACAAAAUCAAUAUUAUCUUCAAUAUCCUCAUUACCAUCAACAUCACAACCAAUAACACAACAACAUAAUGAAAGAGUGAUUGUGGAACAACCAUCUAGUCAUGAUAUAAAAAUACCUGAUAAGCUACCCGAAUGGAAUUGUUGUUCAUCCGACAUCUCUCAAAAACUCCAUCCCCUUCCACCUUCACAUCCUUCAUAUAAACUUCAUGAAAUCGAUUCAUCUCACUGGUCAAUUUAUUUAUUGAAUAUACAUUUACCUUUGACAAAAGUCAAUGAAUCCGAUAAAAUUACAAAAAUACGACAAUAUACAGAUUCUACUGUACAUCAAUCAACAGUUAAACGAUAUACAGGUAAUCCUGUCACCUUAGGUGUAAGUGUAUCAGUAAGACGCUUGUCAAAUAAUUUGUGUGUUAAUAGCAAUGAUGCCCUUGGUGGUGGACUCAGUAGUUCUACUACUGCUACUGCUAAUACUACUGUUACUGUUAAUGAAAAACAUCCAAGUGUACAAAUUGAUAAAACUAAUGAUUCACAAUGGAAUGCUGUCUUUGUAAGAACUGUAAUUGAUGGUGGUCCUGCUUAUCAAGAUGGACGUUUACAAGUUGGUGAUCGUUUAUUAACUAUAGAUGAUCAAAAUUUAUCUGGAUUAUCUACUACUGAUGCACUUAAUCGUCUAAAAUCUGUUAUUGCAAAAGAUUUGAAUGAAUCUCCUCAUCCAUGUGUUCAUCUUUUGAUUGCUCGACCUCGGGAUGGAAUUGAUCCAGAUAAUUCUUAUACAAAUUCUAUGGAAAAUAAAAGUGAGAAUGCAAUGAAUAAAAUCACCAGUUCUAAUCAGCGUAAAUCUUUCUCGGAAGUGGCAACAAACGAAUCACAUAAUGAUAAUAGUGCUAAUUCAAAACCGCUACUAGUCUCUGCUGUAGUACACUCAUCGGAAUCUGUUUCAAUGGCCGGGGGGAAUUCACAUGAUUCAUAUAAUCCACCUGGAAAAUACUCUUUAUCAUCUAAUCAUCUUGCUGUAACCAACUUAUCACCGUCAUCAUCGUCACAACAUCUACAAUCACAAAAACAAUCCACCAAUCUUUCUAACACCUCUUAUCCUCUGUGUCUAAUUCAAAAUUCUCAGUCCAGCGAAGAAAUGUCAAAAACUUUGCAUUUAAAAUCAAAUACUUAUAAUUCUACUGUAAAUGUCGAUAAUUUCUAUGCAAAUACUACCAAAUCUGCUUCUUCAUCAUUAUUAAUAUGUAAUACAAAGACUAAUGAAAACAACGAUGAAAAUAUUGAUGUCAAUAGGACUAAUCAUCAUGAUGAUGCUAAUAACUGUAAUACUGUUACUAAUUCCCUCAUUAUUAAUAAUAGUUUUCAAUGUGAUUCAAAAACAGUUAACAUUGAUUAUUGCGCGGUGAAAAAAGUUCAAAUCCCUGUAACUUCCUGCUCAACUCUUAAACAUUUAGAUUCCAUUCCUUCAUCUAAUUCAAAUGGUACAUCUGAGCAUAGCCAUCAUCAUUAUCGUCGUCGUCAUCACUAUCGCGAUAAUGAAAAAUUCUAUCUUAAUUCAAAGAGCUGUUAUAGUAAUUUAGAUCAAGAUUCAAAAAAACGAUUAUCGAAUUACUCAUCGUCAUCAACAGAAAUAUUAUGUAAUUAUCAACAUAAUUUAUGUAAAUACCGAUCGAAUGAUAACAUUGUUAUUGAUGAUAAUCAUGACAGUGAUGAUGAUAUGGAUCGUGAUAAGUCAUCGAUGAUAUGUUAUCAAUACUUAACAGAUGAUUCCGAUUUGAAUUAUGAUGCUACUCCUCCUCUGUCGGAUCCUGAAACUGAACGUUAUAGUUAUAAAUUAGAUUUACUCAGUGAAUUAAGUCUUUCUUCAGUCUCUGGCGCUGCUGGUGACCAAAUAUUAAAUAUGAAUAUUCAGAAAAAUCCAAUAACCAAUAAAUCCACUUUACAUAAAUGUUACUAUACACAUGGUAAAUAUUUAAUUGAUAAGAAAUGUAAAUAUCGUGUUGUAUAUCGUCAACCGAGAAUAGACUUUAGUCAAAUGGUACUUGUACCAUUUGAUCCAGCCUCAUGGAAUGGUCCAGUGUUAAAACCGAGAACAGCGUUGAACUCAGAAGAACUACAACUUAUUGUCGAUAUGCCGAAUUCAUUUUCUUCUUUACAAAAUAAUAAUAAUCAUGUUGAACAACAACCUGAUAAAAAUAUAGAAAGAAGAGGGCAUGAUUCCGUUGUUGAUGUUGAUAGUAUGUGUAAUAAACAAAAUGCAAAAUGUAUCGAUAAUGAAACUGUUCGUGUGAGAAAAACACAUCCAAAAACUGUAAUCAGUAAAUUAUUCAGUCUAGUUAAAACAACUACUCAUCGACGUACUAUUGGUGAUCAGAAUACAAUAUCAGAUUUCGAAAAUAAUACAGAAUCUCAAUUACCUACAGAUGAUAACGUUCAAACAAUUUUAUCUAGUGCAAAUGUUAAUGAUAUUGAAAAAAGAAAUAAUUGUUUAAUCAAUUUGCAAAAUAAUACAAAUACACUUUCAGCCAUGCAAAAUAAUUUAUAUGUAGAAAGUUCAGCAAAGAAUUUGCUUAAACCUCAAUCGGAUCAGUCAAUCGACUUACAACUUUGUGCAAACAACAAAAUUACUAAUCCUAUCGAAAAAUCAUCACGUUCAUCUUGUUAUGCAACACUUCAUGAAAGACUUGAACCUCCAAUCCAUAUCUAUGAUACUGCACAUAAUAUUCAAAUAAAUAACACUAAUGAUCACAAAUCUGAUUUAUCGAAUCCAAGUAAUGAACAAGUAACAUUACUAGAUGCGAAAUAUCCCUCUUCUUUUGCACCUCAGUCUAAUAUCAUUCAAACAACUACAGAAAAUGUGGUUGUAAAUCAACCUGAAGAUACCAGUUUAACACAAUUACAAACAACAAAGUAUGCUGAUUUAUCGUUUUUACCAAAUUCAUCUUUAAAUAGUCCGUUAUCAUGUAUGCCAUUAUUAUUGACAGAUACCACAAGUCAGUCACUCCACAAGCCCCUUCUGAUAAUUAAAGAGUUAACAAGUCAACAACAGCAACAGUCACAACAUCGUUCCAUCUCUUCUAACCAACAUCAUCUCACUAGUUUAUCUAAAAGUGCUGUGAACCGUCUGUAUGAUAUUGAAAUCAGCUCAUGUUCAACUGCUUAUGAAUCAGUUAUGGAGUAUACACCAACUUGUGAUGAUGUUACUUCCAAACAGAAAACAACCAGAGAAGUUUACGAAGAUGCUGAAGUAUUAUAUCGACAUUUAUCUGAUUUGAAACAAUCAAACAAUUCUGAUAUACAAACAACAGUAAUAGAUUCAUCUCAUUAUCAUUAAUAAUUUUUUUACAAUCUUCAUAUACAUACAGUUUGUACACAAAUUAUUAGUUCUCUGAAUCAAAAAUAUUAUCUGUGUAUGUGUAUUGUCACAAAUAUAAUAAGCCUUAUAAAAUUCUAUAUUCAAACAUCAAUUCCUAAUUCUUUCUACAUUCAACUAUCUAUAUAUUUAUUGACAUUACUCUCGUUAGCACUGCGAUUACUGUUUAUUAUUAUCGUGAUAAUUAACACAUAUUCUUAAUCAUUAUUCAAGAGACAAAAAUAUAAGAUUCUGUGAUGAUGGCGAAUACCUAAUAAGCAUAACGCAAUUCAACUUAAUGCUUAUAUGUUAAAUGUGAUGAUAAUCGUUUUUAUGCAUUUGUUUUGUGGAACAUAAUGGGAUUUAUACAGAAUAGAAAUAAUAAUGCUACAAAAAAAGAUUAAGGUAGGCAGGGUUCGGUAAUCUAUGUGGAUUCCUCUUAAGAUAUUCAUGUGUUAUAUGCAUUUCAUACAUUUUUGUCCCGUUAUCCUAUUAUCAUUAUUUUCCUUCUAUUAUUACUAACUUCAUCACUAAAAAUAUCUUAGCAUUUAUCUUAAUUAUAAUGAUAAUGACGAUCACUAUCAUUAUUAAGAAAGAAUAUUCUUUCAACUGUUUUCGUUUCUAUGCACACCUCCUACAAACGAACCAACUGCCAAGACACGUGACUGUCUACAAUGGUCGGGUAGAUUUGUUUUCCUUUUUCUCUUUUGAUAGUUGUAUUUUCACGGCUAAAAGUGCAACUUUGAUAAUAAUAAUAAUAAAGAUUAGAACAAUGAAUAACCUUGUCUCGUAAAAAGAAACUGACGUAUUAUUUGUGAAAAAUUCUCUACAACAUUUUUUUCCAAUGUGAAUAAGAGGAUGAUUGAUGAUAGCGAUAUGUUAUGUUGUAUCAGAAAGUGCUGUGAUUCUUUUAACUUAAAAUUACAUUUAACAUUAUUAUCAUUUUUCGUAUUUUCCGUUGACGUGAUCAGAAUUACACAAAAGCCAACUGUAAACUAUUAAUAUACCAUUAUAACUCGCAUUUCACUCCCCAUUAUACUUCAUGAAAUGUUUGUAAUUCUAUAUCUCUUCGUUUUUUGUUUUGUUUUCAAUAAGAUGGUAACCUUGCAUUUAUUUCACAACUGUGUUCUUUUAUAAUCAGCAUUUACUCUGACAUAUAUUUAACAACGAUGAUCUUAUUCAUUACAUGACUUCGUUUACAGUUUUUUUUGUGUUACUUUACAAUUUACAAACCCAAAAACUACUUGAAACUCAUAGAUUAAAAAUAAAGCAUUUGAUGAUUUUUUUUUAUUUGUCUACUUACAUUUUACUGGUAAUGUAGUAUCUAAAUCAAUGUGGAAUUUGGAUACUGUGUAUUUUUGACCUGUAUUUCCAAAAGAAUUCUUUGACUUACAUUCCAAUGGUAAGUUAAUUGUCAAGGAUUUUUAUAUUGUACUUCCAAUUACGCUUGUGAUUACGAACGGUCACAUUGUUCAAGUGCUUAGGUCUGGUUGACUGUGUUAAUCUUUAUUUCCUUAUAUCCACCAAGGUAAGUUUCUUAAAAUGUUCUCAAUUGGAAUGAAAUAUCGGCUUCUUAAACAUAAAAGGGAUGUAGCGAAACUAAAUUAACUACAUGCACAACAAAACAAUUUAGCAUAAUUGUUGCCUCAGUUGUUUGAAAUGAAAUGUACUCAUUAUCAAAGAAACACCAUAUCUCUCAGCACACUUCGACAAUUUCUAGCUUCAUUGAGAUGCCAAUUUUCAUAAAAUAUUCUUUCUCUAAACACAGCAGCUUUUCUGAAACGGACUUUAACGAAAAAAGUCAAGUAGAGAGUAGACUGCAGUUUCACAUGCGCAGUCCUGAGCCAUACAUAUGUGGACUAGUGUUACUACCUAUGAAAGCCAACUAACCAUGGCAAUUCAUUUUGCGGAACAAAGGGAAGCUUGUGGAAUAAGUGAUUAAGAUUUUAUAGGUUCAUUCACAGACCGACAGUUGUAAACCACGAAGAACUAGUAACAACUCAUACAGCUAAAUAUCGAUAAAAAACAAUAAAGUUUGUCCAGUUAAGGUAAAAAAAAAGAGAGGUAAACGUAUCACAAUCGAUAUGGUUAUGGGGAACAAACUGUUGAUCGUGAGCAACUGAAACCACUAGGUAAGCCAAUUUCAGUUUUUAUCAUCAGUGAAAAGCGAGUUCAUAGUGCCCAAGAUUCUUGUUAAAAUGGAUACUCCGGCAGAG